CUUGAAUUGAGUCUAAUGAAAAUUUUAUAUCAAUGAAAGUUUUAGUUUCUCAAGAUCGCAUACUGUGCUUUGAAAUACGGAGCGGAUUUCCCGGCCAAGACUCUGGAAAACUCAGGGAUCAUCCACUACUGCCCUGUAAAGUCACCAAAAGAUCGCUGCAAGCCCUAUAAUCAUAGGCGCAGCUUACCUUGAAGGGCUGCUUUGCGAUUAAACCUGACACUGGUAUCGCUAAAGGAUCCUAUCAUGCCGCUCGUAGCCUGAGAUCUGGAGAUCUGAGCGCUGUACUUCGUAUUCCCUCGUGACUCACUCACUGUACUAGUACAACUAGCUCCCUUGCGGCGCAGAACGCUGGAAUUUGAUCCUUGGCAAAACAUACGACGUAAGCUGACAGAACCUUUAUUAGGACGUCUGCUCUUCUUGUCCUUCCGAUCCCAAUUCUCUUUGCUCGACCUCAGCUUCUUCUCGCAUUGAGGUCCUUCGUGUUUCAAAAUGGCUUCUUCCUACAAGAGGUCCGUCGUGAAAUACCAGGCAAAUAGCGAGAAAGAGAUCUCAUACAUCAGCGCCGGGCCAUCCGAGGGCCAACUCUUAAUCUUCCUGCACGGAUGGCCUGGAAUUGCCUACACAUGGAAGCCUCAAAUUGAGACAUUUGCAGCCCUCGGCUUUCUAGUCGUGGCUCCGGACAUGCCUGGCUAUGGCGAAUCUACAUCAACGAAAGUCCAGGAAGAUUACUCCCACGAGAAUAUCAUUCCAGGUCUGCUGGCCCUUCUGGAGGCUACUACCAGAACCGAAGCUGUCUGGCUUGCACACGAUUGGGGUGCGGGCGUUCUCAGCACCUUGAUGGCGACACAUCCAGAAGUCAUCAAAGCAUCUUGCCUAAUGGCUGUACCAUAUCGAACGCUCGAGCUUGGGCUAGAAGAGGUGGUCAAAUUGGUCAAUCGGGAGAUGUACCCCGAAGACAAGUUUCCAUUUGGUCAAUGGGAUUAUCAAAAUUUCUACGAGCAAUCUUUCGACAAGGCAACCGAAUGGUUCGAUGCCAAUGUUGAGCCUUGGCUCAAAGUUUCCUUUUCCGCUGUGUCCAAAGGUCGAGGGGCUCUAGGAUAUGGCAAGCCAGCUUUCACGGCUACUGUCACUAAGGAUGGCGGUUGGUUCGGAGGUAUUCCCAAAGCUCUUCCUGAAUGGAACAAUGUUCCCACAGAAGGCGCGAUGCUAGGUCAGGAUGUAUUGGAGGAGCUCAUCAAAGCGAUGAAGAAAACGGGAUUCUACGGUCCGGAUUCGUACUACAUGAACCACAAACGCAAUCGGGAGUUCAACUUGUCGAAACAGAAGAAUGGAGGUCAUUUCGAGAAGCCUCUACUUUUCAUCGAGCCACAGUGGGACAGCGUUUGUGAUACGGCCAAUUCUCGAUUGGCAGACCCGAUGAGACAGCAUGCGAGCAAGCUCACUUGGACAAGCAUCGCUGCGGGUCAUUGGGUUUCCGCAGAGGCUCCUCAAGAGACGAAUGCGGCAAUUGCAAAGUGGCUUGCGACGGAAGUUGCGGAUUACUGGCCCUACUUCUACAAGAAUGCGCAGAUUAAAAACUAUUGAGUUUGAAAAGUUUGCAAGGUGGUAGAGAAGUAGCACUGGAAUCUUGCUGUCCUUGUGUCAAGUGCAAGUCUCUCGAAUCAUUCCUUGAAGUAAAACAAUCAAAAGCUAUUGCCAAUCCUCAAAUUAUUCUUGCAGGUGAUGCCUCUAAUGCGUAAACGAAUUUGGUCCAGAGCUCUCGUGCACUCGAAUGUGAUAUCAGCCCUGCCCUCCAUACCGGUACUCUACGCACGUGAUUCAAGCUUGAGUCUUGCCAUGGCUGUCGAAGCCAGCUGGGCAGUCUGACACUUACCGUAGUUUAUGGCCUGUGGAACUUGGGAUUAUCUGUAGUUCAGACCGAUUGUUACGCAAAUAAUUGGGUUACAUACAGAAGAUCAGGUGAAGAGUGGAGAUCAUUGUUGUAACGCUUGUACGAAAGGAGCUGAAGGUGGAGUGGAGCAUUGACAAAAAAGCAAUCACAAAUCCUU